UUCCGAUCUCUUUCUCAUCCAAAGUUUGGGUACAACUCCUACAGUAAGGUGUGUGCUCGAUAAUGUAAGUGCUCUAAUUAAGAAGGUAAGUGCGAGCUCCCGCUAUGCUAUCUGGACCCCUUGCUCCUUUCUCGACAAUGCAUUGCUAUGGAUUCGGUGAGGAUGUGGCUGGAAGCACCUUGGUGCUUGCCUGCUGUAUGGUUGUCGCGACCUCUUUCCCUGCCCCGACGAAUCACCGACGAAUGGAAACCCAGAGCAACCUCGCGUCUCUCGUCUCAUUCUUGAAAAUUGCCAAAAUCAUCCCACCCGCACUCCAAACCAUCCGACCAACGUAAACGCAAAGAUGUCAGACACAUCCGUAACAGAAACAGUGAAGCUAGUCAGCUCCGACAACUUUGAAUUCAUCAUCGACCGGAAAUGCGCGAUGGCUUCCGGCACCAUCAAGAACAUGCUUUCUAGUCCAGGCCAAUUCACCGAAUCCGUCCAAAACACAGUCCAUUUCCGAGACAUCAAAGCAAUAAUACUCGAAGAAGUGUGCAAGUACCUGUACUACAAAGUGCGCUACACCAACACGACGGCCGAGAUCCCUUUAUUCCCGAUCGCGCCAGAGAUUUCGCUGGAGUUGCUUAUGGCUGCUGAUUUCUUGGAUUGUUAGGGUGUGAGGAGGGAUGAGGGGGGUUGGGCAUGGAUGCGAGGUGGUGGGGUGUAGAGGAAGGGAUUGGGGAAGGGAUUCGUGCGAGGAUGACGAUGCGAGGGGACUUUUCGUGGUGGAGCGGUGGGGGCUGCUUAAUAGAGCGACGGAGGUCUCCAUCGAGUUGUCCGUUCUACUGCGGUUCGAGAAGUAGGAUCUUCGAGAGGGGGGAUGCCUGAGGAUGAAAGAAAGGAUGUGCAGGAAUCAAGAGAAGGAAUCAAAAGAGUUUUUUUUGGGGUGAGGGGGGAGGCGGGGGGCGGAUGUGCGUGAGACGGUCGGUCGACCCUACAAACCGAAUACCCGCUGUACCAAGCGAGGGGAGCGAGGGGAUGUAGAUAAGCGGAUGCAUAACCCAGGAAUGUUUACCACCAUGCGGGGCCCACCAUGCGGGGCGUAUAUAUUGACCCAUACACAUCACUACGAUACAAAAAUGGAAUUCCGUAAACC